AUGCAAAUCUUUGUAAAGACCCUUACGGGCAAGACCAUCACCCUCGAGGUUGAGUCCUCCGACUCAAUCGAGAAUGUCAAGUCCAAGAUCCAGGAUAAGGAGGGAAUCCCCCCAGACCAACAGCGCUUGAUCUUCGCCGGCAAGCAGCUUGAGGAUGGCCGCUCCCUCGCGGACUACAACAUCCAGAAGGAGUCCACUCUCCACCUUGUGCUCCGCCUCCGUGGUGGUGCCAAGAAGAGAAAGAAGAAGGUGUACACCACCCCCAAGAAGAUCAAGCACAAGCGCAAGAAGACCAAACUUGCUGUGCUUAAGUUCUACAAGGUCGACAGCGAGGGCAAGAUCGAGCGUCUCCGCCGCGAGUGUCCUCAGGAAGGAUGUGGUGCUGGUGUCUUCAUGGCCGCUAUGCACAACCGCCAGUACUGCGGAAAGUGCCACUUGACCUACGUCUUCGACGAGACUGCUUAG